UUUCCGAUCGACAAAGGCAGACAAUAUCUUSGCCCUCAAAACUUACCAUGGUCAGAUUCUCAAUGCGAGACUGUCUCCCUCAAACCCUACAUYUUUUAUCCUAACAAACCUUUACACGUGYAGCUGACUGUGAAUUAUGUAAACUCCUCGCAGUCAUCCAAGGUACACGAAGCAACAGUCACGUGGACWGAGAACGUGAACACGAAUAACUUCACGAUGUGCGUGAUGCGGACCGGUAGGGAUGAUAAUCCAUCGAAUGAYAUUGCAUCGGUUGACUGGAUAGGAUAUCAAGGAGCGCCGAACGGUGGUGUUACYGGAAGAAAACGCUUUACAAAAUGGUGGACUGGUACAACCUGUAGAACURUUUCUUUGCCAAGUGGUAAGUUUACUGGUGCUCCAACGGUCCUGGCUACUCUUCAGCAUCAAAGAAGUGGUUURAAACACGAUGCUGCCAGUGUUUGGGUGGAAGAUAUCAGUGCUUCUUCYUUUCAAGUUUGUCUGAGAGAACUGCAAAACUUUGAUGGCGUCCAUGAAGAAAUAGMUGUGGACUGAAUGGCAUUCGAGACUUUGCAUCGCCCAUUGUUUUCUGCUCACGGUAGUGUUAACUUUGCAAAUGAUUACACUCCAUUGGAAUCGGAUAACUUCGCCUUCUGCAAGAGUGUUCAGUUGACCAAGAAUUACACCAGGAAUCCACUGGUCAUGGUCACCGCAACUCACCGCACAGGUUCUGGACGUAARAACCCACAAUGCAAUGGGAUCUCCUCCUGGAUUGAGGAAAUCACAUCUGACAGCUUUAGAGUCUGCAUCAAGGAGCUGUAUGUUGAUCAGUUUGAUCCAGUAACUGUCCAGUAUGUCGUGCUAUCAGAUGUGUGCGGAGAAGGCUGGACCUACUUCAAUGGUUUCUGCUACAUGACGAGCUCGUCUUGUGAGUCAUGGCAGGCAGCACGGUCAAGUUGUCUAGAUGUGAAAGCUAACCUCACCAGCAUCAUGAACAAAGAAGAGAAUAYCUAUGUUCAACAUCGACACGGCGGCGACACUGGAUGGAUUGGACUGCAGGAUAUUUGGAGCGAAGGAAACUUUUCCUGGAUUGACGGGGCUCGAGUGAACUUCACUUACUGGGCRCCAAACCAGCCAAAUGGUUACCAGAGCGACCAGGAUUGUGUUCAUACUCUAGGGCUGGGGCAUGGGUAUCAGUGGAAUGACGUCACUUGCGCGGCCUGUCACACUUAUACCUGCAAAAAAGAUUACAACGAGUGCRAAGAGAUGACAAAUGAAUGUCAGCCUGGUCUUGGAAUGUGCAGCARCAACCCAGGAUCAUAUACCUGCGUGUGUCCAGUAGGCUACGUCGUUAAUGGAUACAACUGCGAUGAUGUGGACGAGUGUUCUACUGGUACUCAUACUUGCCAUGCCAAUGCUCAGUGUACUAACAACGUGGGAUCGUUUACUUGUCAGUGUAAUUCUGGUUACAAUGGAAAUGGACACGUUUGCUCAGCCACAGACAUACGGCUUGCUGGAAGUAGCAGCCCUUAUGCAGGACGUGUUGAGGUUUUUUACAGUGGAUCAUGGGGUACUGUCUGUGACGAUAGUUGGGGCAUGAGCGAUGCCCUUGUAGUAUGUAGGCAGCUUGGAUUCAGUAGUGCAAGCAGUGCUCCACAUAGUGCUGCCUAUGGACAAGGAUCUGGAACAAUAUGGAUGGACGAUGUAAGUUGURGUGGAUCCGAAAGCAAACUCCAAUACUGCUCUCAACGUGGAUGGGGAUCUCACAACUGUGGCCACGGUGAAGACGCAAGUGUAUCGUGCAAUCCAUGAACUAAAAAACGGACCAUGCAAGAGGGUGUCAUGU